AUGGAUACGCCUAGUGCCGAUACAAGCUCGGAUUCUCCUCACACGUCCCACAACUACGCAUCAGCCGACGAGGGCGGCGACGGAGAUGGAGGCAGCUACUAUUACGAUAUUGACGACAUGGUAGCUGGGGAUGGAUCCAGUAACACGGACCCUGACUACCGAGAUGAGCCCGACGAAGAGGAUGAUGAUUUCCAAGAUGCUCCUAUGGACUCUCUACUCGAUGAAAUAGAAAUCGAACUUCUCCUUGAAGACGACCAAAGUGACGAUGCAGAAGGUAGCGAAGACGACGUGGAAGACGUGGAGGUCGACGAGGAUGUUGAGGUUGAUGGGGACGCGGAUGAAAGCGAUCCGUUACGAAACGUCAUGGCGCUUUUCCGAGAAGGUGGAAGAUCAGGCUUAUUGACGAGAGCACAACUCAUGGCACUCUUGCGCAACCGAGACCUUAGCAGUGCCCUUUUCAGCGAUGACACCAAUGACGAAAGCUUUCUCGGUCACUGGGGUGUCCGUAGACGACGCCAAGCCAAAGAUCCCAACCGUUUCCCCAAGGUGCCAAAUGAAGAAGGUUUCAAGCUUAUGCGCGCAGGUGCAUUUGGCGCAAAUAACUACGAUCUGCACGCGAAAAAGCACAUCGCAAGGCGGAUGCUCGAGAGGGAGCUAGGGGUUGGGAAUCGCGAGGAUAGAAGGCGGAACAAUGACUUGGUGACGCAGUCGAUGAUACCUGGGACAACGGUUGAAAAUAUCAUCCAUUACGACGACCCCGUAUAUUCCGGUCAGUUUUCAGAUGACGGCAACUUCUUCUUCUCGUGCUGCCAGGACUUCAAAGUUCGAAUGUACGACACGUCAAAUGCAUAUAACUGGACACACUACAAAACCGUCACGUACCCAUGGGGGCAGUGGACCUUGACCGACGCUUCGUUAAGUCCCGAUAAUCGCUGGUUGGCGUUCACGUCCAUUCAGAGCAUGGUCUCCAUAGCUCCGACCGACCCCAACGAUGCGGGAGAUCCUUACACCUUGGACCUGGACGAUGGUGAUGCAAGACCAACGCGAUCGGGCCGGAGGAGUCGUGGCGGAUUUGGCAUCUGGUCCAUCAGAUUCUCUGGCGAUGGUCGAGAGCUCGUGGCUGGCACAAGCUCCAAUUCGUUAGUCGUCUACGAUAUCGAGUCGCGUCGGGUUCUACACCAUGUAGACGGCCAUGAUGAUCAUGUUAAUGCAGUAUGUUUUGCGGACAGAAAUUCCCCCCACAUCCUCUACUCUGGCUCGGACGACGCCACGAUCAAGGUGUGGGACAGGAGGAGUAUGGGCGACGGACGAGAAGCAGGCGCCUUUGUGGGGCACGUAGAGGGCCUGACAUAUAUCGACAGUAAAGGUGACGGGCGAUACAUUCUCAGCAAUGGCAAGGACCAAAGCAUGAAGCUGUGGGAUCUGCGCAUGGUCAUGUCUACAAACAAGUUUCGUGAACUCGACCUGUCCCGGUACAGCAACGUGAGCGGCUUCGACUACCGCAGAGAGGCCUACGACGAAGAGAGCUGGGACAAGCAUCCCAACGAUAACUCGGUCGUCACGUUCAGGGGGCACAAAGUUUUGAGAACGCUCAUCAGAUGCCAUUUCUCCCCGCCAUCAGCAACAAACUCUCGUUACGUAUACUCGGGGAGCGCUGACGGCAAAGUGUACAUCUGGAACAUGGAUGCAACGCUCGCUGGGAAGAUUGACGUCCAAAAAGCCACCAUGGGAACAAGGCGAGCAGAUCGUCACACCCGCCUUUACUUUGAGGAACCUACAGGCUGGGGCACGUGUGUGCGCGAUGCAAGUUGGCAUCCGAGCGCCCCCAUGAUAGUCGCGUCAGCAUGGAAUGGAUACAGCAUGGCCAGGGGGACAUGCACUCUGCACGCGUUCAAUGAGUCCUCUAAAGAUGAAGGCGAGCCCGAUAUGCGGCGUAGUGUGGACGCGCUGCUGCGGCCGAACCCAGCGGCCUAUAACCAAUCCAGUUUUUAG